AAGCGCCGUUAACGACGACAAGAGAAAAACACAGACAGUGGCAAAUGGCAACAGAGGUUUUGUUUGGUUUGGUCUCAAAACAUUAUAUAUAACCAACAACGCCUACAAUAACGCUUUUUCUUCCAUUCCCAUUCCUCCAAAAUCUUAAAAUCACUUUUCUCGGAACAGAAAUAAUCUCCCCCUCACAGAUUAUAGAUUCAUCACUCCUUUCUCGGAAUCGCUUCCAUUCUUAAGCUUUUCUAUCUCCCCAUUCUCCUUUGGUUCUUUCCUUUCGGUUAGAAUCCCCUCUCGCUCGCAUUCAACCCUUCUUUCAUCCUUUCGAGAGCACAACUUUUUCACACCAUACUUUUUCCAUUCUCAAUUAUUCAAUCCCACUUUUCAUAACAACAUUAGGGUUUCCAGUUUCCACAUUCUAAUAUUUCUUCUUAAAUGUAGUAUUUGAUUUCAUUCUGUAACUGUAUUGUUUUUUUUUUCCAAGUAAGGGAAAAAGAAAAAGUAGUUUUUUUGUUGCUGUUGUUAUUAAAAUAAAAAUAUAAAAAUAAAAAUUAGGGUUUUGAUUUUCGACAUUCGACAUUGAAAUAUGUCGGUUGCUUUGAGUUCAAUUUCGAAAGAGAGGGUAUAUUGGGAGGGUCAACCAGAACAUUGUUCUGUUGAUCCAAUCCUGAUAUACCUUACUGUGGAUAGUGUUGUUACCCCGAUGCGGGUUUUGGAGUCGGAUUCAAUUGCUUCUGUGAAAUUGAGGAUUCAACAAUGUAAAGGUUUUGUGGUGAAGAAACAGAAGCUUGUUUUUGGUGGCAGGGAGCUUGCGCGGAAUGAUACACUUAUUAAGGAGUAUGGUGUUGCUGAAGGCAAUGUUCUUCAUUUGGUUUUGCGUCUUUCGGAUCUUCUUUUCAUUGUUGUUAGGACAGUUUCUGGUAAGGAGUUUGAGUUUCAUGUUGAUAGGCAUAGGAAUGUGGGGUAUCUUAAACAAAGGAUUAGGAAAAAAGGGGAAGGUUUUAUUGAUCUUGAGGAGCAAGAGCUUUUUUGUAAUGAAGAGAGGCUAGAUGAUCAGAUACUUUUUCAUGAUAUAUGUAAAGGGGGUGAUGGUGUAGUGCAUUUGAUUAUUAAGAAAUCGGUUAAGGUUAGGGCUACGCCUAUUCAUAAUGAUUUGAAUCUUUCUCUUGAGGCUUUGAUACCGCGUGAGAGAAGUGAUGUGUUACAAUUACAAGUAGAAGAGAAUAAGAAUAGGAGCAGACCGAUUCAGAUAGCAAAGUUACCACCCGGUGUUGGUUUCUGGUUGGAGCCUAUUGCGUUGAAUCCCAAGAUCAAUUUUUUGCCUUUCCUUUCGGACAUGAUUAACUCCACAUAUGAGGGUUUGAAGAAAGGAAAUCGUCCUAUUAGGUCCUCGGAAGGAACGGGAGGGACUUAUUUUAUGCAAAAUUCGACUGGCCAGGAGCGUGUUUCAGUAUUCAAGCCCUUGGAUGAGGAACCAAUGGCUGUGAACAACCCAAGAGGCUUACCGUGUUCAUUGAACGGCGAAGGUUUAAAAAGAGGAACAAGGGUGGGAGAAGGAGCCUUAAGGGAGGUAGCAGCAUAUGUAUUAGAUCAUCCAAGGAGCGGGCCACGUUUGGUGUCAGGUGAGGAAAUCGGGUUCUCUGGUGUUCCUCCUACUGUUAUGGUGCAAUGCUUACACCAAGAAUUUCACCACCCAAAUGGGUACGCAUGCUCAUCAAAACACAUCAAGAUUGGGUCGUUACAGAAAUUUAUGAAUAACGAUGGAAACUGUGAGGACAUUGGACCCGGGGUCUUUCCAGUGGAGGAAGUGCAUAAGAUAACUGUGCUUGAUAUAAGAAUGGCCAAUGCUGACAGACAUGCUGGGAAUAUUUUGUUCAGAAAGGAGGCAGCUGGCCAGGUUAAGCUCAUUCCCAUUGAUCAUGGUUAUUGUCUACCAGAUAAAUUUGAAGACUGCACAUUUGAUUGGCUUUACUGGCCGCAAGCACUCCAGCCUUACUCAGCUGAGACAGUUGAUUAUAUCAAUUCUUUGGAUGCCGAAAAAGACAUUGAAAUUUUGAAAUAUUAUGGAUGGGAUAUUCCACAGGAGUGUGCGCGUACACUUCGCGUUUCUACAAUGCUGCUCAAGAAAGGCGUUGAGAGAGGUUUAACUCCCUAUGCUAUUGGAAGCAUCAUGUGUCGGGAAAAUUUGAACAAGGAAUCUGUAAUUGAGGAAAUCAUAAGCGAAGCACAAGAUUCCUUGCUUCCUGGCAUGAAGGAAUCAGCAUUUCUUGAUACCGUCUCCCAAAUCAUGGAUUCCCGUCUUGAUAAGCUUGCACAAUAGAUAUUUUUAUUUUCUGAUUUAUAUAUUGGUAAGGUAAUAUUUAUAUGUAAUAUGACUCUAGUCCAUUUUUGGAUGGACUGUGCAAACUGCAGGUUGCACCAACAAAAAUGUCAUAUGGCUUGAUGUGAUCUGGACAUAGGCCUGAAGCUCUUGUCUAUUUCUGGCUUCUGAACUGUUUUCAGGAUUGUAUUGUCAUGUUCAACAGAAAUUAAAAGGUCUGAAUAAGUUGUCUUAUACUAAGAUGAGAUUUUGUGUAUCUGAGAUUUUGUGUAUCUGAGAUUUUGUGUAUCAUCAUAGGAUUGAUUGUAGAUGCUUGACAAAAAAACUGGAUUUGUCAUUUGUACAUAAUAAAUGCCGUGCUAGAUUUAUUAUCUAGCUACCGAAAAAUUGCAACA